AUGCCUGUCCAUUCCGGCACUGUCCCCAGGCACGAGGAAAUGAAGAGGUCUGCACACUAUGGCAAGAAAACAGGUGCCACAGAAAAGUCUGCAAGUUUCGACAUAUGGAUAUCCAGAAAGAUCGCUCCAGGAUUCCAUGUUACUGGGAGAAGAUGCCAGGAGGAUGUACCAAGCCUCACUGCGCCUUCCUACACGGUUCACAGGAAGCAGAGGCACACAGCACAUUCUCAACACAGCAGAAGAAGGGCACUGUCUGCGAGAACAAGGAAAAUUCCGAUCAAUCAAAAUUGGUCGUAGAAGCAUUGGAUGCAUCAUUGGAUAAUUACUGGCAGAUCGUAUCUGACAAGCCACAGGUCAACCCCAAGCCUAAAAUUGCUCCUGUUGUCUUUAACCCUUGGGAAGAGGGCUCAGACCAGGAAAUGUACUCUCCAGAGAAGAAGGUGGAGAAGAAAAUAGAUCAGCUAGAGAGACAGACAGCUCUGUCUGAAGCAGUCAGGCCUGCACCUGAUAUCAGGCAGAUCCUGCCAGCACAGACAGAAGUGAAGUCUAACAUUCUUUCAAGGCUAGGACGUAAACGUGCUGGCAGUGACACUUUAAAGGAUAGCAGUGGCCCUUCUGAAGAGAAGAUUCCUAAGGAAUUAGGGCAAAAAGCUGCAACUAACAACAGGCUAAAAGUCACUAAGAAUGUACCAGAACAAAGUAAAGCACCAAAGAACAGUGACAGUGGAUUGACGAUGAAGACAAAAAGAGAGAUAUAUGUGCCUCCAGCUAAGAGAAGUAAGAAAUGCACAAGUCCAGUCAAACCACCAGUGAAAAGCCAGAGUACAAGCCAUCUGAAGGAAUGUGAGAACAAAUCAACCCCAGCAAUCUUAUCGGGAACAUCAGAAAUUGUGGUUAAAUCCUUCGAUGAAAUAAUGAGGGAGAAGCGCAAAAGAUUAGCUCUUGAAAAAGCAGCAGCCAAAACGAAUACGUCUACACAGAAUAAAGAAACAAAGCAAACUGCAAACUCUGCGGCAAAGCGGCAACCAAUAUCCCUCAAGAAAAAGGUCAGCGUUACUCUGGCAGCUUCUUCAAGUGCUAAAACUGUCUCAGCAGCAGUUUCAUCAGAAGUGUCUGCACCAAAACAGACAGCCUCUGAAGGGGCUUCAUUAAAAGCAACUGUAUUGGAUGGAGCCAUAUCUGGCAAGUCAGCAGUAAAGGGAGGCAAUCCACAAGUGUCCAAAUCUGAAAGUGCUAUUUCAAAGAAGACUGUGUGUUCAGGACUAAAAACAAAGGUUUCUACAGAAAUUACUACUAAAGGGUCAAAACAACCAGGAGAGGCAUCAAAGAGAGUAGAAUCUUCUGUGUCUGUAAGAAAAGUGACAGGGGCAUCUCCAAAAGGAGUCGAAUCAUCAGGAGGUGUUUCAAGAAAAGAGUCUGUGGAAGAUUCUUCUAAAAAGUUGACUGAAGUUCCAUCAACAGAGUUGACAACAAAGGAGGCUGUUAUGGUGGAGAAGUCGGACAAAGGACUUGAUAUACCGCAAGAUAAAAGCGAUGAACACAAAGCUGACAAUGAUAGAAUAUCUGUGGCAUCAUCAAAGUCACAACCAGAUGAUGUCACGAAGAGAAAACCUUCCUUUGAAACACAACGGUCCAAGGACUCGCGGCUGUCCCUGGGGAGUGUGGGAGAUGACCUGGAUCUGUUUUUGUUGGAAGAUGGCGACGUUAAAGAUGUUGACCAUAGCGAGGAUAUUCUUGAGAAAAUUGAAAUGCUGCUACAGUAGCAUCUUGUGUACUACAUGUUUACAUUUAGUUACAAGGCCUUUUUAGCCCAUCAUUUUGCAUGGAGCUCACAUCAUUUCAUGUAUUUCAUGUAUUACAGAACAUCAUUUGUGAUUGUUGAUCUCAUAGCCUUAUUCAUUGGGAGUCUUGAUGAUAAGAAUUUAUGUGUAUCAUAUAUUUUUUUUUUUUUUUGUGUGUAGGAGUUUGAAUAGUUAAGUUGAGAGGGGCAAGGUAAGGAAAGAAAAAUGAUACUAUUUGAGUAUUUUUCUAAUUAUUUUUUAUCCUCUUCUUAACCUAGUGUGUAUUCCCUGCAGUUACACACAUACCCUCUGCUGUCAGAAGGAAGGAAAUUAGAGCACAGAUCUGACAUUGUAUGUAUCUUAAAAUUACACAAAACAUGGAGCAAUUGAAAGACCCCUCAUGUUGCAUGACAGUUAGAGGAUUGCACACUCCGCACACUUAAGUCAACUUCAGUCGAAAACAGAUUUUGGGGGCAGGAAGGUAUCUAUUACCUACUUAGGUGGAGUUCCUUUGAGCACAAAGCUAGUAUAUUGCACAUUCAAAAAAAAAAAACUAAUGUUAGAGAGGUUUGGUACAGGCUGCACCCUUCAGCUGCCAGGCAAGUGCUUUUAUCUCUAACUAAGCCCUUGUCCAUCCAAUCAGAAACAUUGUUCUUGCAUACAAAUUUGUCUACUGUCAGUGGUCAUAUAAGAUUACACGAAAAUCUCCAACUGGCUAAAAAAAAAAGGGGAACAUGAAUACCGACUCCAUGUAACGCGAGACCAAAGCAAACAUUAAACAUGAUUUAGUGGAAUUGUGUAUUGAAUUAAAAGAUGAAACAAAUGCAUAGUUGAAACAGAAAUGAAAAUAGAAAGU